UAAUCCUGUAAAUUGCCAUGAAUUGUUUUCCAUACUAUAUCCGUUAAAGAGUUUAACUAAAAAUGCACGGCAGCAUUUCUUUUGUGCAAAUUUCCAUGUUUACACCUAAAACAAUAUAUACUAUUCUUAGAUGAUGUUAAAUUUCAAAUUAGCUAAAUCGCAGUAUGAGCUUGAAUGAACAGAGGUAUAACUAAUAAUCUAAGUAGUUCUUCUUACAAAAAGAUACGUACUUCUUCUUUUCGUGAACGUCUUUUCUUUUCAUUUUUUUGUAAGUUUUUGUUGGAGAAUAUGCCAAACUCAAUACAAGAUUAUGUAAUCAUAGGCCAUAGACACUUAAAAUUUUGAGAAGAUUGAGGACAAAACGCUGGGAUCAUCUAAAAAGAACAACGACAACUAUUUAAUGUAGAAUUUGCUAGUCUUUGAGGGUUACUAAAACAAAGUACAUGUGUAAUUGGAAAUUUUAGCAUGAGGAUGUUCUAAGAAAUUAAAUUUGAACUUAGCAUAAAAUGACUUCAAACAUUAAAAGACAGUAUUUAUAGAAUUUGUGUCCUACAUUAUUUUGUUUUUUUUGCUAGAUUUAAAAUCUAGACAUUACAAACAAUAGUGAAAAAAAUACGGCUAAUGAAAUAAACAACUCUUGAUGUCAAAAAGAAAAGAAAAGAAAUAAACAACUCUUAUCUGCAGGCCACCUCUGUCUUUUAUAAUAUAUAAUUCAAAACAAGAGAAAUUCAAAUUAGUAUCACCCACUUUCAGUUUUUCUACUUAAUAUUUAUUAUUUAUUCUCUCUUUUAAUUUAUUAAUUUUCCCAUCGGAUUCCAGCUAAAAACACGAAUUUCUAUAUAUGCCAAAAAAAUAUCAUUUUCUCCGAAAGUUAAAAUAUAAAUUUAAUGUGAGGUGUAGUAUAAUUUAUAACGCUCCAUUAAAUACAUUUCCUUUUACCAAACAUACAUUUUCUUUUCGAGAUUACUUAAUUUAUUCAAUAUUAAAUUAUAAACGGACAGACAAGGAAAAAGUUAGGAAGGAAAUGAACUGAAAGCCUGAACCGAAAUAUUAAAAUAUAAAGUAAAUGUUUUUUUAAUCAUGAUAUUUCCAUAUUCAAAAUCAAAAUAUAUUCAUUUUCUUUUUCCAUCUAAACCAUACAGCAUAAAUAAACCUAAUUUUCCUCACUUUCCUCUCAAACAUUUCCUAAUUUCAUCCUAAUAAUUACCAGUCUUUAAAUUCUUAGAAACAAUAUUUCCUAGAAGAAAAUAUUUUUUUUUCUCAUGUAUUUCUGAAUGAUUUUCUUCCUCUUUGAUUUUUAAGCUGAUUUAUUUUACAAAGUUAUUGUUCUUAUUUUGGUAUUGCUUCUUUAAUUUGUUGAAUGCUUUAAGCUUUAGAUUUGGAAAAUUAAAUCUUCUGUCCCAAAAUCUAUAUUAAGUUUGUCAAAAUAAGUAAUAAUCUUCUAGAUAUGGAGUCUACCGGAGAAGUUGUUAGGACAUCCGACGUGAGCGACGGUGGCGUUAUGGUAGUGAGAUCCAACGCGCCGUCGGACUUCCACAUGGCUCCGAGGUCAGAAACUUCAAAUCCACCUCCAGCCUCCGUCUCUCCUCCUCAAAAUUCCUUUGCUCCGACUGCGCCGCCGCCAACAACUGAAGGUUUCUCCCGCGGACCCAUGAAGAAGAAGCGUGGACGUCCUAGGAAGUACGGACACGACGGAGCACCGGUGGCGCUCUCACCGAAUCCGAUAUCUUCAGCCGCACCAACGACCUCUCACGUCAUCGAUUUCUCUGCAUCUGAGAAACGCGGCAAAGUGAAACCAGCAGCAACUCCGAGCUCCUUCAUCAGGACAAAGUACCAAGUCGAGAAUUUAGGCGAAUGGGCUCCUUCCUCGGCCGGCGCUAAUUUCACGCCGCAUAUAAUUACGGUGAACGCAGGCGAGGACGUAACGAAGAAGAUAAUAUCGUUUUCUCAACAAGGGUCUCUCGCUAUUUGCGUUCUCUGCGCAAACGGUGUCGUUUCAAGCGUCACACUUCGUCAGCCCGAUUCAUCUGGUGGUACAUUGACAUACGAGGGUCGGUUUGAGAUAUUAUCACUGUCGGGAUCAUUCAUGCCAAGUGACUCGGACGGGACACGGAGCAGAACAGGUGGAAUGACCGUGUCGCUAGCUAGUCCUGAUGGACGUGUAGUAGGCGGUGGAGUCGCUGGUUUGUUGGUCGCAGCCACUCCUAUUCAGGUGGUAGUAGGAAGCUUCUUAGCUGGAACGAACCAGCAAGAUCAGAAUCCGAGGAAGCAGAACCACAACUUCGUGUCGUCUCCAAUGCCAACCACUUCGAAUGCAGCUGAUCAUGGAACCAUCCGUCCUACGUCGUCUUCUCACCAGAUCGGUACAUGGACACCAACUUUAGCUUCUGAUCCAAGACACAAGCCCUCUCAUGACAUUAACAUCACUUUAACUUGAUUUCUUCCUCAAAAGAAGUGGUGGAUCCUCUUUAUUUCGGUUUAGACUUCUCUCUCUCAAGGUUUAGGUUUUAUGUUGGUGUGUACUAAAUUAGGUUUGUUUUUCAACUUUUUUUUUUUAAUUUGGUUUCUUGCAUUCUUGGAUGUACCAGUAGAAGUUUAAUCUUGUUCCCCAAUCACUUGACCAGCUACACGUUCUUGUUAUCAUAAACCGUAGACAAUCUCUUUCACA